AUGCGUUUCACCUCGGCUCUCGUCGCGGGCGCCCUCGCCGCUGGCGUCUCCGCCGACGGCAAGAACUACCUCGGCUUCAACUCGGGUGCCACCAAGGCCGACCGCAGCGCCAAGUUCAAGGCGGACUUUGAGGCCGAGUUCAAGACGGCCCAGGGCCUCGUCGGCGCUCCCGGCACCUUCAACUCGGUCCGCCUCUACACCAACAUCCAGGCCUACUCCAAGGACGACCCCAUCGAGGCCUUUGAGGCCGCCGUCGAGACCAAGACGUCGAUGCUCCUCGGUGUCUGGACGUCGGGCACCGACAACAUCGACAAGGAGAUUAGCGCUCUGAAAAAGGCCGUUUCCAAGUACGGCAGCAAAUUCACGGACCUCGUCAUCGGCAUCUCCAUUGGCAGCGAGGACCUGUACCGCAACUCGGCCACCGGCGUCAAGAACGAGGCCGGUGUCGGCGCCCAGCCCGAGACCAUUGUUGGCUUCAUCAAGGACUUCAAGAAGGCCUUUGACGGCAACCCCCUCAGCAAGGUCCCCGUCGGCCACGUCGACACCUGGGAUGUUUGGGGCAACGCCACCAACAAGCCCGUUCUCGACGCCGUCGACUGGAUCGGCGUCGACGAGUACCCCUACUACGAGAACGACAAGGGCAACGACAUCAAGAACGCCGGCCACCUCUUCGACAAGGCCUACGACGCUACCAUUGCCGCCGCCGGUGGCAAGCCCGUCUGGGUGACCGAGACGGGCUGGCCCUACACCGGCAAGAAGUGGGACCAGGCCGUCGCCAGCGUCGAGAACGCCAAGUACUACUGGGACGAGGUCGGCUGCCGCAAGCUCUUUAACAAGACUCCCACCUUCUGGUACACCCUGCGCGACUCCAACCCCGACAACACCAUGAAGUUUGCCAUCACCGACAACCUGUCCACCAAGCCCCGAUUCAACCUGACCUGCCCCACCACCUUUGACACCAAGCCCGAGAGCUCGAGCGUCUCGGGCACCGCGACCGCUACGGGCACGGGCUCCGGCACCGCCACUGGCAUGCCCACUGCCUCGUCCACGUCCGGCUCCGGCUCCGGCGGCUCUGGCUCCAACGGCUCCGGCAACGGCUCCGGCAAGAGCGGUGCCUCUGGCACCACCGCCGGCGCCAGCGCCACGCCCACGGGCGGUGCGGCCUCCCAGAAGGUCUCUGGGGUUGCCUUUGCCGGCGUUGCCGUCAUGGUCGGCGCCCUUGCCUUGUUCUAA